AUGGCUUUCCGGAGAGAAACUGUAGAAGAGAGGCGUGAUAAGGUUGGUCUUCACCAACAUCCUAACUGGUUGUGCGCCGGUUUUUAUGAAGCUGUUACCGAUUGCAAUCUCUUGGAUAUUCCGUUGGAAGGGCAUCCUUUUAGAUGGAUUAAGAGUAUGGGUUCAGAUCAUGUUAUUGAGGAGCGGUUAGAUCGUACCCUUGUGACGCAAGAAUGGUUGGACAUCUUCCCUGAUGCCAAACUAGUUAAUUUGUUGGCUUCACAUUCAGAACAUAGCCCCAUUUUGCUGCAGCGUGAACCGGUUCAGCGAAAUCGUCAUAAGAAUUAUUCCUUUAGAUUUGAGAAUGUGUGGUUAAAAGAAGAGGAGUUGAAUGGGGUAGUUAUGAAAGGAUGGAAUGUCGAAGAACAUGGCGGAGUGCUGAAGCGAAUUAGCAAUUGCGCGACAAAACUAUCUGAUUGGAACAAGGUGAAAUAUAAACAGUAA